AGGAGGAUUUCUGUCUUGCAUCCACUGCGUGUUCUUUGACCGCACACGGCUGUAACGUUAGCAACCACGCAGAACUGCCAAAGAGCAUUAAGGUGUUCAAAAGGAAGACGUUAACGGCACCACCAACGCAAAUAUUUAGACAUUCAAGUGGCAUAUUACCGACCUAGGAAGCAUUGCCGAGGUUUAUCGUUAAGCAGCUGUCUGGUCAGCGAUGCCGCCGGCCCCAAGCUCCGACUGCCCCCACCUGGACUGUGUGGGGGAGAUCACCAAAGAGGAACUCAUCCACAAAUCACAUGGCCAGUGUCAAGACUGUAAAGUUGGAGGACCAAAUUUGUGGGCUUGUUUGGAGAAUGGGUGUGCGUACGUCGGCUGCGGAGAAUCCCACGCGGACCACAGCACAGGACACUCGCAGGAGACGGGCCACAACCUGACGGUGAACCUAACCACGCUGCGAGUGUGGUGUUACGCCUGCGGCAAGGAGGUCUUCCUAGACCGUAAAAUAGUUCCUCAGCCCCCUCAGUCCAGCAGCAAGCCCCUCGCCUCCUCUCAGCAGGGCAACAACAGAGCCUCGCCUGUGAGCCCCGCCUCUCUCCGUGUGACUCCCAUCGGCGUCUGCGAAGACCUGGACAUGGAGACAGAGGAAGAGGACGACAUGCGCGCUCGAGGCUUGACCGGACUGAAGAACAUUGGCAACACGUGCUACAUGAACGCUGCCCUCCAGGCCCUGUCCAACUGCCCGCCCUUGACGCAGUUCUUUCUUGAGUGUGGUGGCCUGGUGAGAACAGACAAGAAGCCAGCACUCUGCAAGAGCUACCAGAAACUCGUAUGCGACCUGUGGCACAAGAACAGACCCUCCUACGUGGUCCCAACUAAUCUGUUCCAGGGAAUCAAAGCCAUAAACCCAAUGUUCAGAGGAUAUUCUCAACAGGACUCUCAGGAGUUUCUGCGCUGCCUGAUGGACCAGCUGCAUGAAGAGCUGAAGGAGACACUGCCCGAGCCUUGCGAGCCAUCCAGUGACGUCAUGGUAGAAGACGGCCCGCCCAAGGAAGAUAAUCAUAACCAGUCAGAUAAUGACUUCCAGUCGUGCGAGUCGUGCGGGCGCAGCGAUCGGGCCGAAAAUGAAGUGCAGCACACUGGUGCGCCCACAGUCAUCGUUGGCGCUGACAACGAGGCAGAGAUGCUUAUUCCUGAGCAGGAUGACAUCCUAGCCAACAGGGAGUGGCAGAAGGAAAAGAACAUGAUCAACGACAUCUACCGCGCCGGGGUUAACACGGCAGCGGACAUAGACAAAGAUGUGGACACCGCCACAGAGACCACGCCCAUUAUCAGCAGUCAGGGACACAUUAAGACACAAAGCAGGACAUCAGAGUCCUUUCCAGACAUCCAAAUGUCCAACAUCACAAGACCUCAAAGUCCAGUCUCUAAGGAGGGCCACAAAAUGUCCAGCAGCCCACCCAAAGCUUCCUCUGUGUGGCCCAGCCUUAACACUGCACACAAAAAAGCAAUGAGCACAUUCUCCCCAGCCAAGAGCAAGUGUCAGAAGAGGUACCGCAGCGUUAUCUCGGACGUGUUCGACGGGACCAUUGUGAGCUCCGUGCAGUGCCUCACUUGCGAUCGGGUGUCGGUCACGCUAGAGAACUUCCAGGACAUCUCGCUGCCCAUCCCGGGGAAGGAAGACCUGGCCAAGCUGCACUCGGCCACCCACCAGACGUCCCUGGUUAAAGCUGGCUCCUGUGGGGAAGCGUAUGCGCCGCAGGGCUGGAUUGCAUUUGUCAUGGAAUAUAUAAAGAGCUGGUUCUGGGGUCCUGUGGUCAUGCUCCAAGAUUGUCUUGCAGCCUUUUUUGCCAGGGACGAGCUGAAAGGGGACAACAUGUACAGCUGUGAAAAAUGCAAGAAGUUACGAAAUGGAGUAAAAUUUUGCAAAAUGCAAAGUUUGCCAGAGAUUCUGUGUAUCCACCUGAAGCGCUUCAGACACGAGCUGAUGUUCUCCACCAAGAUUGGCACACACGUCUCCUUCCCACUGGAGGGCUUGGACCUGCAGCCCUUCCUCGCCAAGGACAGCUCAGCACAGACUACCAACUACGACCUGCUGUCGGUCAUCUGCCACCAUGGCACCGCUAGCAGUGGCCACUACAUUUCCUACUGCAGGAAUGACAUCAACAAUCUUUGGUAUGAGUUUGAUGACCAAAGUGUGACUGAGGUGUCAGAGUCUUGCGUCCAGAAUGCUGAGGCUUACGUGCUCUUCUACAAGAAGAGCAAUGAGGACUCACUGAAGGAGCGCAGGAGGGUGUCAGGCUUGCUCAACAUGAUGGAGCCCAGCCUUCUGCAGUUUUACAUCUCCCGCCAAUGGCUCAACAAGUUCAAGACCUUUGCCGAGCCCGGGCCAAUCUCCAACGACGACUUCCUGUGCUCGCAUGGAGGUGUGCCGCCCAACAAAGCCGCCUACUUCAAUGACCUGGCCAUAGUGCUACCGCAGAACGUGUGGGAUCACCUCUACAGCAGGUACGGAGGAGGACCCGCCGUCAAUCACCUGUACGUUUGCAACACGUGCCAGAUUGAGGUUGAGAAGCUCGAGAAGCGGCGCAAGUCGGAGCUGGACAUGUUUGUCCGGCUGAACAAGGCCUUCCAGGAUGAGGAGUCUCCAGUGGUCAUAUACUACAUCAGCAUGCAGUGGUUCCGCGAGUGGGAGGGUUUUGUCAAAGGCAAAGACAAUGCUCCACCGGGACCCAUGGAUAAUUCCAAGAUAGCAGUGAACAAGAGCGGCCAUUUAACGCUUAAACAAGGGGCCGACUCAGGCCAGAUCUCUGAGGAGACGUGGAACUUCCUGCAUGCCAUCUACGGUGGCGGGCCGGUCGUGACAUUGGGGCCCAACGUGGUCGCCGGCCACCAGGAAGCGGAUGCCUCCCACCAGUCGGAGGAAAAGAUCGAGGUGGAGACGCGCUCGCUUUAAACAAAAACAAAUGACGAGCGAACAAGUUUUAAAAAUACCGCCUUUUUCAUUUUUUCCAAUUUGAUUUGAAAUGCAUUCAUGCAAAGAAAAAGAAAAAAACAAACAAAAAAAGCACGCCAACUUUAACUGCUUCUGCAACGGGUUGCUCCAAAAAGAGAAUCAAAGCUUUGUCCUGUUGUACAAAUGUGUAUACGUUUCCAUUAGCACUGUAGUCGUCUCAUGUCACCAUUUUAAAUGUGUGCAGCUAGUUAACAACGACAAAAAAUACAGGGAAUGUGAUUUUAUUUUGACCAAAUGAGCACAUGUACCACGUGUUUUGUCAUGACACUUGUACUAUAGCACUUCAAUUGACUGACAUCUUAAGGCUAUGAAGGGACUAAUUACAAACGAGUCUCAGGAAUUAAUUGUGCACUGUCGUGCAGUGAAACGCUUCUCAACCGGUCUGAUAUCCCCUAGUUUCUUAGUAAAUCCUUGAAUGGAUCAAACGUUGUCAUGUUUCACUUACAUGAGAUGGGGUGGACAAAAAAGCUUCGCCCAUUUGUGUUGGAUACCUGCUUCUGAUUGGGGCGCAUUUAAGUGAAAUCCAGAGUUGGGUUUUCGCAAGUAUGAGCCCUGAAAUUCACCAAAAUGCAGUUCCUGUUCAAUUCCAGGCAACGGUCCUUGAGACUAUUUGGUGUGUCCUGAUAUGAUCGACAUUUCUACUCAAUUUCUUGUUGCUAAGUGAAACUGGCUUCAAGGGCUGAAUUUUCAUAACGUUCACCCCCUUUUUCCUGUCAUCUGUCAAGUAUACCUACUUUGGACAAGUUCCCUUGUAGGAGUUUCUUAAAGUACUUCAACACCCCGGAAUCUACCCAAACGGCUGCUUCAAACCGAAAUGGCUGACUUGCUAUUCAUUUCUGGGCAUUUUUUGUGUGUCCUGUCUUGUGUCCACCCAAUUUCAUGUAGCUGAGUCAAACUGCUUUCAGGGGCAGAAAAAUUCACCCCCCUUUUCAUGGUGAAUUCCCGAAAUGUCCAUCAAACUUUGCCAUGGUGCCCACAUUAGAUGGCAUCUGUAAAAAAAUAAAAAUAAUUAGCCAUUUAGCGUCACUCAUCUGUCUUGGAUUGCUGCUUCCGAUUUGGGCUCAUUUAGGCUAAUUCUGAGUAGGCGUUCGUAUAGUACUUCAGAGCCCUGGAAUUUGGCCAAAGUGGCUGAUUAAAACCGAAAAAGUUGGGUUCUAUUAAGUUUUGGGUGUGGGUCCUUGAGAUUUUUUCAUCUGUCCUGUUAUAAUAGACAUAUCCCCCCAAUUUCAUGUUGAUCAGGGUUAUUUGUUUCACUUUUCCAAGGGGCGCCAUUGUUCGGGACCCCUAAAAUACAUUAAUUUUCAUCAUACGCUUGCAAGAAUUAGUGAGUUUAACUUAAAUCAUCAAUCCUCAAAGUGAUCAUCAAACUGAGUAUAAACCCUGGGGGUUCACCCAAAAUGGCUGCUUCAAACCAAAAUGUUCGACUUCCUGUUCAAUUUUGAGUGUGGGUCCUCUUAUGAUAGACGUUUCCACCCAAUUUCAUGUCAGUCAGGCUCAAGUUAACUGCUGAAAACAUCUGAACUCUGUUGCAAAAAAAAGCAGUACCCAACGAAGCACAUUAAGCUUGUCUUGGCUCAUGUUGUAAAGGGGUUUUUGUUGACUUUUAGGUCCACCGGUUGAGAAUUGGUGCCGUGUUGACACAAACGGGCAUGCAGAUGUUUGAAUGUAAUGGAUGAAUGUUGGUGAAGAUUCAGCACUUGCUUAUUUAUCACAGACAGGGAGUUUAAAAAAAAAGGAUGUUAAUAGUUUUUGGUUUGUUUUGUACAUAUACAUCAAAAAGUAGGUGAAGUAACCAUGCAUGCUAUUAACAUUGCAAAUCUCACACAACUAACCGUGCACAGCCUAGCCUCGCUAGACACUAGAGCGCAGUACAUUAAGUAGUAAUCAGCAGCAUUGUCAAUCUUAAUUGAGGGCAUUAUUUUGCAUAUUGAAUGCUGAAAGUGUUAGCCUGUGGACCAGUCAGUCAGAGCUAUUCUGAUUUAUUUUCUAAUUUUUUUUUGAUGCCUCGCACAAUAAAAGAAAACGAAUGUAUGAAAACCUGA